AUGUCGUCGAAGAGUGACGACACUUCGCGGUCGAUGCGGGCGGUCGACGUCGCGCUCGACGCUCGAAGGAUCGCGGACGCGCGCGAAGACGUCGUGCGUUGGAUAUCCGACGCGAACGCGGAGGACGACGCCCUGCGCGCGGCGUCGCGAGGGCAAAAGGGAGGGUCGAUGGAAUCAUCGACGCGCGCGGAGACCGCGGCGGAGGCGGCGCGCGCGCGCGGAAACGCGUCGUAUCGAGCCGGGAGGUACGAGGAGGCGAUCGAGCACUACACCGAGAGCGCGGAGCGAUCGGAGAGCGCGACGGCGCUCGCGAAUCGAUCGAUGUGUUGGUUGAAGCUCGCGCGGUGGAGCGACGCCGAGGCGGAUUGCGACGCGGCGGCGCGACUGGAGAUGGAUUGCGCGCUCAGGGUGAAGGUGUUGCAGCGGCGCGGGACGGCGAAGAGGGAGCUGGGAAAACUCUUGGAGAGCGUGAUGGAUUUCGAGGAGGCACUGCGGUACGAGCCGACGAGUAAGAUUUUGCGCGAGGAGCGGGCGAGGAGUCAACGCGCGUUCGAGCUCGAGUCAAAGGUUCGACCGACGCAGACGCGAUUUAGGAUUCCGGUGGUGGAGUGUGACGACGAUGACGGAGAGGACGAAAAUGACGCGAGAGACGCGAGCGACGACGCGGAGGCGUCGAUGGACGUCGACGGGACCGAGCGCGUCGUCGAGGCGUCUUCGGCGACGGCGAGAGAGACGUCUCCACGGGCGAAACCACCGGUCGCGCGCGACGAGACGUCCGCGCGCUCGGCGUCACCGGUGACCGACGACUUGGUGAACAGAGCGGCGGCGAUCGCGGCGAGUCGACCGGUCUCGACGCCGAGAACCGGCGCCGAGUUUGAACGCGCGUACAGAGCGGAGAUGAAGGCGGCCACGCCCGCGUCCGAGUCCCGUCGAGCCGACAUCUUGCGUCUCGUGCCGCUCGACCGAAUCACCACCAUUUUCGCCGGCGGCAUCGACCCCGACGUCCUCGCCGACGUCGUCACCAUCGCCCUCGAGCGUUGGUUCCCCGCCGACGCGGACGCCGCGCUCGCCUGGCUCGAGCGUCUCCGCGACGUCCCUCGCUUCGCCAUAUCCGUCGCCCUUCGACCUCGACGGGCGUCGCUUCGUCUCUCCAGCGCCUUCGACGCCGCGCCGGCGUCGUCGCACCCUCGCGCGCGCGCCAUCCGACGCGCCCUCGCGGCGUGA